AUGGACGAGCUUUCAUCAGAAGACAAGAAAAGCCGUUAUACUGUUAAGGUUUGUAUAAUUUUUUUCAAGUACGUUAUUAAUCAGAAAAAAUAGGCCCCUUACUCAAGUGUUCAUCUAUGUACAUUUCCUAUGUAAGCUAUUCAUGUUAUCUUUAACACGAAACACACAAGAAAGUUGAGUGCAAUGUAAAACUUUAGACAACCCCAACAGUAAAAAUGCCACCACAGGGUAAAUUGUCGUUUGAUAACAUAAGUCAUGUUAUAUUUAAGAGCAUUCUGUUAUUGACUUGUACAUACAGCCAACGAGUAUGGAUGACUUUAAUAUAAUCAAACCAAUCAGCCGUGGUGCCUUUGGGUAAGUCAUCUUUAAUCCUUCAACUUUACUCAGUUCACUGGAUGCACAGCAUAAGUGGGAGAGUUGUAGGUUAUUAUCGAGUGACACUUUCUGUGACUACAACAGUAAUGUCACAACACUGUUGAAGAUACUGUUUCUUAUUUCAAGACAAAUAAUGGUCAACUUCAAAUGAGUUCAAGAAUUUGCACAGAGAAUUUAUUGGAAAUUAUUUUUUCUGGUUGUUACUGGUGUAGUUGUUUGAUUUUGGAAUACUUUCAUCCUCGUUACAUUGUGAGAACAUUGCUCUUUUUGUUAAUCAGUCUUCUUUGUUUUAUAAUUUUGGUACCUUUGUGUUCAACAAAUUACCUUGUUGAGUCCACGUUGAUUGAAUUAGGUUUUUCAAGUAAUUAAUACAUGGAACUUGGCAAUUUUACCUGACAUGACUGGAUGGUAAUUUAAUAAUUAAUUAGAAUGUUAUGUGAAUAGUAAUAGGUGAUGAAGAGUUGCUUUUCAGGAAAGUAUUUUUGGCUCGAAGGAGAGACAAAGAUCAACAAUUCUAUGCUGUGAAGGUGGUAAAGAAGACUGAUGUUGUGAACAAGAACAUGAUGGAACAGGGUGAGGAGCAAAUUUUAAGGCAGGACUUUUGUACAGCCCCAUAUUUUACUAUGCACACAGUUGCUGGAUAAAGGAAACAAUGGUAUAAAACUAUGGGGAGUGUUUGGGACUAUGGCAUUGUUUUACAAUUAUAGUACAGAGCAAAAAGGAAACUUCUCCAAUUUUUCUGUGGGAAAACAUGGCACAUUUCAUUCAUGUGAAUUUCCUUUUAUUGUCAAAACGACACUAUUCUGUUAUGUAUAUAACAGGACUUUUUUUUUUAUCCAGUGGUAGCAGAAAGAGACUGUCUGGCAAUUGCAAAGAGUCCCUACAUUGUAAACUUGUUUUAUUCCUUUCAGUCAAAAGAUAGGAUAUUUCUGGUGAGUUCUGUUGUAUUUUUAACCUUUAGCACACUAACAUCAGUAAGCAUAUGCAUUUCCUUAAUUGCUGACAAGGAGAAUUUAUUUAACAAUUAAGAGCUUCUUUAGUUGGUGAUCAUUUCCUUUAUUCUUGUGACCUUCAUGUUUGACUCAGGACUCCUCAUGAGGAGAAGUUAGGUGCUGGUCACUCUUAGGGAUUUAAAGGUUAAUGCUUAAGUAGGUUUAGAGAGACUGUCUUUUGUUGACUAGUUAGUUGUUUGUUUUUCUCAGUUCAUGUGCUACUCAGUCCAGUUUUAUCCUUGACUGGAGUUUGAUUUUAAAAUCAUCUUUUUGGUACAUAAUGAAUUCUUUAUUGACCAAGUUUGUUUGGUCAAUAAUACAUAUAACUGUUUACUUCUUGAUUUAGGUCAUGGAGUAUUUGAUUGGAGGAGACUGUAAAUCAUUGUUACAUAACAUGGGAUACUUUGAUGAAAACAUGGCAAGAAUCUAUAUAUCACAGGUCAAUUAUUCAUCCUGAUCAUUUCAUUAUCGUCCUAGAUACUUUACAUUUGAGGAUAAUGUAGCUUAAUAUGACUACCAGUGCUUGUGCAUGUUAAUGUGUUAGAAGUUCCCACUGUUCUUUACAAAGCAACCACUGGCCAAAAAUCCUUCCAGCAGUCACCAAUUUUUUUAUCUACUAGCAAAUUUUGCAGGAAGCUGAAACUUAGCAAUAACCCUGUCACUAGCUGUAUGGGGAAAUUAACCUGUGCUCCUCUGCUCCCAAAACAGAUGGCUCCUUCCUUUUCAGAGGAUUGCAGCAUGUCCUUGAGAAAACAGCAGUAAUAAAGCCUACUAUGAGUGAUGCUGUGGCUUAAUUUGGACUAAAUCUGUCAUUGAGACCUGGUUGGGUUUUUUCCCUGGGUAAGACUAUCGUCGCUCUCACAGUCACUCAAGAGUUGAAAUGGGUACUAGCAAACUGCCAGAGGAGCCUGAUGACAGGGCAGUAGCCUGCAAUGGACUAACAUCCUAUCCAGGGGAGGGAGAGUAGCUAUGGUCCUAAUCACUUCUAGCUGUCAAGACUGGUAUAAGCAGUACCUCCUGGGUCACAUGGCAUCAAUGCAUACCAACCCUUUCCCACCUCACACAUGAAAUACAUCUCACAGUUUCUUCACUUGUCUUUUGAGUCCUAUUUUAAAUGAUUUUUCUUUUGGCUGCAGGUAGUCUUGGCUUUGGAUUAUCUUCACAAACAUGGGAUUAUUCACAGGUAAGAGAAACAUCUACAGUGUAUGCAAUUCAAAAUUGAAUCACUUUCCAGAAAAUGUUGUUUUAUAGCUUGUUAUGACUCAAACACCAGUCACAACGAAACUUCAUUCUCUUAGAGUUUCUUCAUGGAAUUAACCAGUUUGUUGGCUGUAUGUACAAGUUAAUAAUAGAAUACUUCAUCAUCUGUGAUUAAGAACCUGGAAUAUAACAUCCCAAGAGCUGUACUAUUUCUGGCUCUUCCAUACAUACAGCAUUGUGAUUGUUUUUUGAAUUUAUUCCCCCUCCCCCUACCAAAAAAAAGAAAAACAAAACAAAAAUCCUUUCUGGUCAUUUAGCUUCCUUUUUCUUAUUUUUUAUUUUUCUCUCUCUCUUUCUUUGUCAACUUGAUGUCUUGAAAAAAAGAGUUUCUCCUACAGCUAGUGUUACUCUGAUGUGUUUCAGAUGAGUGGAGAAUAAAGAGUGUCUCCAUAUUAAUUGUGCAUACCAUUAAGAAUGUUUAAAGCCUGUUACUUAGGUCACCUGUCUGCAUUCAUGAAUUUUUCUAAAGUUCUUUUUCAAAACGCAACUUUAGGGAUCUUAAGCCAGACAACCUUCUAAUCUCCAAUGAAGGAAGAAUCAAGUUAACUGAUUUUGGGUUGUCAAGGUUGACAUUGGAAAGAAGUAAGUCUAUUUUAUCAAUUGUGAAUAUGAAUCAUUCAAACAUCGAAUAAACCCAUGAUUUUUUUUUUGUGGUUUUUUUGCUGUACAUCUGUUACCGUAACUUUUAAUUUUAAAUGCAGCAAGUUGAUUUUUGACAACUUUCAUCUAUUUGGAAGAAGUUGAUAGCCUUUGGAUUGAACAUGUCAUAGAGAUGUUCUGGUAAAACUGUACCAUGUAACCUCUCCCCAUAAUGUGAAAAUGAAUACUUCAAGAAGGUGUAAAGGAAUGUUCAUUGUCCAGAGCCAUCAGGAAUUUGUUUUUUACUUAAAAUCACUCUGUGAUUGGAUAACAAAACGUGCACCUCUUCCUAAGCCAAUCAGAUUCAAAACUGGAUAUACUGGAUCUAUGCAGUACUGGAUUUACUGGAUUUAUAGUAAUUUGGCACGUUCACGUUUAAACGAGUCAUGUACUCAUCCGUGUAAAAUGGAUAAAUAAAAUACCUACCUACCAACCAGAACCUGUCAGUUGUGCCUUUGUCACUUAAGUUUUGCCACCCAACUUUGAUAUUUUAGUGGAAUGAAGCUUUUUACCUUAUGCUAUUAGCUGCAUACCCCUGACAACAUAAUCUUAAAACAUUUGUCUCAGAACCUAGUUUCAUUGAUGUGAUGAGCACACCAUCUCUGAACAAGAAUGACAAGACUUCAGGUUCAAGUUUCUUUAGAACACCUGGUCAAGUAAUGUCACUGACUUCCAAUUUCACUUUUGUAAGUAUACAUAAUUUCAUAUUCAAGUUUAUUUUGUUAUCAGUAGUUAUAAUAUUCGCCCAGGAGAAGUAAUAGAUCUGAAAUACUUCCUAGUCGCUUCCUGCUGCACAAACCGCGGAGUUACGCUGGGAUAAAUGUGCAUAUACAUAACAAAUACGUAAUAAAUCAUCACCUGCGAUGCGAACACCAAAUUGUUUACAUUCUGCUACGUAAAUAUUUAAGCCAGCGGCGAUUGUAAUGAAUUAAUAUGGCAUAUUCGCUUCGUUAUUUGCUUAAUAAUACACGUGUUUCAAUACCUUGUAUAAAUGACAUUUUCCUUUUCCUUAGAAUCAUCAACACCUCAAAUCAAGCAAAUUCACUGCUACUGCUCGUUAUUCGAUAAAUUCGUGACGUGACGUGACGCGACGUGAAGCGACGUGCGACUGUGUAACAUUGUAGCUUAAAAGCUAAUGAAAAAUUCUUAUUACGUAAAUUUUCCGUUGUCGACUCAUCGCUUUCUCAAACCCAAAAGUUCUUUGUCUUACACAACAGUGUAACACGACGGAAACUUAUAGCUCUGAAUAACAAGGGCACAUAAGUCGCGCAUUUUGUUCGACCGUGCGCGCACAAAUAUCGUAUAUAUGCGUCUGACUACACUACGUCUGAGCGUCUACGCAGCUAACAUAUGUCUGGGCGGUACUGUUGUGUGUCCCUUCCCGGAUUACUCUAAACAAAUUAUUUUGGUGUCAAAAUAACGGUUCUUUUAGCAGUCUAAAACUAAAGGGAAACUAAUGUUUGUGGUGUUAGUCAUUGUCUGCGGCGAGACCAACGCAGAGGUCACGACUAAACAGCAGUUGCUCAUCACUGGAGGAACACAUGGAAACCACACCCAUAAGGCAGGUCACCCCGGUCUGUCGUGUUGACAAAAUCCCUGGUGCAACUCCAACUGGGAUUUUGGGACCUAACAGCCAAACUCCGCUCGCUGCUUCUGGAGGUAAAUUCUUUAGAUUUGUAAAAUAACAGAUUGGGGCCCAAACUGGCCUUCUCUACUAAUGGAGUCGGAUUUGUAAUCAGAGGUGCACAGCAAUACGAUCUGGUGAACUUCAAAAUGACUGAAUAGGAAGCAAAUACUUAUGCCGCUUAUGACUCCUUCGCUCAUGAUCUAAUGAAAACUACAUCCUUGGAGUCAUACAGUACUGUAUCGGGAUAGCCAGUGAACUUGCACUGUGGUUGUUUGACUCUUUUCCUUCAGCUUGCGACUUUGACAAUCGAGUUUUCAGGACAUCUGCAGUGUCACAGUCCAAUAUUGAUUUCAACGAGCUUAUUAGUUAGAUUAAAAUUUAGACAAAUCAUUGACCAAUUUUCUUUUCUUCAUAUGUCGGUUUGUACAGGUCAGGCCGUCAAAAAGCGAACCCAAUUCUGCCCCAAAAUCAGCCAAAAGACUUUUAACAUUGACGACCCCCCUGGGACACCUCUGGUUGCGGAUUUAAUGCAGCACAAAAACGUGAGAAACAGAUCGCCUGACGAAGAAAACCAACUGCCGGCCUCAAAGAGACUUCGACAGACUGGGCUGACCAGGGAAAUCGAUGCGUUAACGCUGAAGGAAAUACGAAGGAGCUCGGAGAAUGAGUCUCCAAGAGGCCCUUUGCAGGAGGUGUGUACACACCAAGGACCCCUGGUAAAGGGAGCUGAUAUCAUACCCGAGAAUUCCCUUGUGCGCGACAAAAGCCCUCUGGAAUGUAAAUGUGAAAGCGAGGGAAGGACAGCUUCCCGGGAGCAAGAAAUUAUCACUACUCCGAACCCCUCUAGUUGUGCACCGUUGGUCCUUAAGUUUUCCAGUCCACGUGAACGAGCAGGGACUAUGAUGGAAUUUUUGAAAGAGAAAGGACAAGUAACUCCUAACAACGAAUGCUUGGAGAAGGAGCGAGCCAUGAGUACCUUUACACCUUUAACAUCUAUGACGCGUAGAAUUACAUCGCCUGGGAUGCCUUCUACUUCAGGUUAUGACAGUGAAACGAGUAGUUCUUGUGAAGAAAGUAAUGAACAGUACCACAGGUAUCCCAACGAAGCAGUUAACAGUGAUUUAGAGAAAACUGAUAAAGAAUCGAGAGUAAUUAGAACACUUGAACUAGCGGGAAAUAGAGUAAAUAACUUUGGUUCGAGAACAUCUCAGAGGGCAGAUACAAGCGGGAGUUCCGGUUUUAAUUCAAGUGGAAGUCCAUGUGUAAGAGAAGGAGAAUUUACUGUUAAUCAGACACCAGAUAAAUUGGAAAUCGAAAUCACAGAUGUGAUUUUACCAACCGUUGGUAAUGAUAAGAACAAUAGCCUCUCGAGGCGCGAGAGCGGGAUUGCAGUACUACCACCUUCACCAGAUGUGAGCGACAGAAAUGUAGACAACAGCUCAGCUGAUGAAGUAGAGAAUGAGAAGUUUUCAUCACAUCCUGUUGGUUUUACGGCCGAAAUUGAUAACUCCUCCUCUGAGUCGUGUCCUUCUCAUCCACUCGAAAGAAGUUUGACAAUCGACUUCGAAAAUAAACAAAACGUAAGGGGCGUUAAUUUGAAGCCAAGUGAAGAUGAUUAUUUGAACAGAGGCGAAGUCUUUCAUGGGGACAGUGAGGUGGAAUCCUCGAGUCGCUCUCGUUGCAUGACAAUCCCUUUUGAGAACAGCGAUCAAGAACACGAGGAAGAAGAGAAAAGUGUCACUCAGGCUCCAGGUUCUCACAUGGAUAUUAGUUUACCUGUUACAAUAACUUCUGAAUCGCCGAUGGAUGUUACUUUUCAGAGUAGCUCAAGCUUGAAAAGUACCCCAGGCCCCAUGGAAGUGUCCAACCAGUGGCACCACACCUCAGCCCCUCUCAUUCGGACACCUUUUAGGACCCCUAAGUCUUGUAGACGAGGAAAGCGGCCCACAUCGUCGCCACCCAAGAACAGAAUCUUGGGAACACCAGACUACCUCGCACCAGAAAUACUCUUGAGAAAUGAGCACAGUAAGUUUGGCAUAAAAAUUUUUUACCUGUCAUUAAGACUUUGACUGUAAGAAAGAACAUCAUCUCUGAGUAAUUGAGGGGUUUAAGUAAAUGACUUAAUAAAUUCUGGAUAACCAAUCGUUUGCAAAAGCAGAAGAUCAGAAUGUUACAGCUAGAAAAACUGGGUUGUAUAGAAAACUCAGAAAAAUUAUUUCUCGAAUCAUUUUUCAUUUCAUCUCCUUCAAAACACCAGAAACAUCUUCUUUUGCACCUUCUCGACCUCGUAGUUUCCAUUUCUAGACCACUUUUUACCCGAUCCCUCGGUCACUUCAUUUUUGAACGAAGUCAAACCACACAAUAAACCGGCUUAUCAAACCAGUAAAGUCAAAAUCACCACAAAAUCCUUAGCUUGCAAACAUAAGGAUGUUGAAAUGAUGUACAUGUAACGACUUAUCCCACGACUAUUUUUCGAAGAAGUGUGUGGCUUUAUCUGAGGUGAUUUGAUCAAAAUCUUUUUUUUCCUAAGCCCCAGCAGUGGACUGGUGGUCCCUAGGGGUAUGUUUGUACGAGUUCCUUACGGGAGUUCCGCCAUUCAACGACGACACACCCGAGCUGGUCUUUAGUCAUAUUAUGCAAAGAGGUAAGAUGUUGAGUGCACAGAAAAUAUUCGAGGAAUGUAACUUAUUUGGGGUUGUAGUUGAGUCGUGCACAAAGUACGUGUACGAGCAAACCGCGAUGCAAUGUGAUGUUGUAAAUUUAUGUAAUCGUUUUACGUUGAAGAAUUACUGUGGCCAGAGGGAGAAGAGGCGCUGUCCCAGAAUGCAGUAGAUGCUGUGGAACGCAUCCUUAUUCUUGAGGCAGAGCAGAGACCUGGUGCUAAAGGUUUUAAUUUUUUUUAAUCGUUGGUUGUCAUCUGAUUUUUAAAAGACCUUACUCUUCUUACUCUUCUUAAAGUUAAAAAUCUCAUAAUUAAAGCUCUCUAUCUAGACUCAAAUAUAUAUACAUAUAUAUAUAUAUAUACUUAGAAACCUCACAAAAUUUCAUUUAACCAGUUGUUGUUUCAAGUUGAAAAAAUGUGAUUUCAUAUUUGCAUAAUAUUACAAGCAGCAAAUCAGGAGUAUAUACCACCCCUUCCUCCCCCUUCCCUCCCCCCCCUCCCCCCCCCUCCCCCUUCCCUACCCCUUCCCCACCCCUUCCCCCCCCCCCCCCUUCCCUUCCCCCCCCCCCCCCCCCUUCCCCCCCCCCUUCCCCCCCCACCCUUCCCCUUCCCCACCCCUUUCCCCCCCCUAUACCAGUGACUUCAUGUCUCCGAUUUUAUGAACCUCGUCCGCACCAAGUUUUCGUUUUGUAAAUUGAACCAUGCACUGAGACUGAUUCGGAAAAGAUGUUUUUUUUCUCGUGAUCAGUUUUUUUUUCUGGUUUCCAAUUUGGAGGGUGUUCUCUUUUAGUUUCCGUUGAUGAUAAACCAAACCGCUCAUUCGUUCAUCAGUUUCUUAUUCCGUACUUUUAAUUCAUAAUUCGUUAACACCAAAUGCAUUUCGUUUCAGUGACGUUUUUAUUUUUUCGUUCUUUUCGUUUUAGAGAUAGAAAGCCUUCCGUUCUUUUCAAAUAUGGAUUGGUCUUCGAUUCAUAAUCAUCCCCCUCCUUUUGUGCCCCAUCCAGAUGACAUAACUGACACCAUUUAUUUUCACGGUAGGUCCAUUUUUCAUUUCGGUCAUCUCGGGUGUUCAUGCAGCAAAGUAAUGUACUUAACAAGUUGCCGAUAGGAGAAUAUAAUUCUAAAAUGUAUUGCACUCGAGCCCAGUGGCCUUCAACGUUGGAGCUCAUCCCAGUUUUCAUGGCACAAAGCACGAAGCGGUCAGUAGGUAGUGUUGUUACUCCUCCUGGAUGGUGAUGAAGUGGUUUACCUCCCCCUCCUCCCAACCUACUGAAACUGCUGUUCUGUGGGACAUCUUUCCCUUUGAACACAACACAAAUGUUUCGGGCUGCAUGACUCUCACCUGUACUUUUUGAUCCGGAUUUUAGAAGUGUAAUUGCAAUUUUAGGCCGCCAUGUAUCUUGAGGUGAAUCUUUCACUUUUUCAUCGGUUCAACCCAAUUGAAAAUUAACAAUAAGGUAAGAAGCAGACACACCUAGUUAAACUUACUCCUUUGUUCAAUUGUUUCUUGGUUUUUACAGCAAGAAACACGAUGCAGAAUCUUCGAAUGUCGUCCUUUAGCCACUGAACAAAAUGGUUCGCUAUUGAACUCGUUCUUCA